AUUUUUGUUCUUAGGGAAUGGAAACUUAUCAGUUUUCUGAAUGGCAAAGACAUUUUCUAUUCAACUAGUUGUCGUACAAAAAUAGCUAUAACACCCAAAAGUCCGUGUUCCAUUCAUGUACGAACUUUUAUAAAUAUAUCAAAUCCUGGAGGAGGAAAUAACCAAAAGAAAUUUUAUAAAGAAAAAAAAUUGAUUGGGUAUUCUCCUGAUCAAAUGUUUGAUGUCAUUCAAGAUACAGAAAAUUAUAAAAAUUUUUUACCAUUUUGUCGAGAAUCUACAGUCAUAUUUAAAGGAGAAAAUCAUGCUAAAACAUAUUUAAAAAUUGGUUUUCCUCCUAUAAUAGAAAGUUAUGUAUCACAUAUAACAUUUCAAAGACCUCAUAUGAUCAAAGCAGAAUGCCGUGAGGGAAAUCUAUUUAAAUAUUUAUUAACUCAAUGGAAUUGUGAUCCUGGAUUAAAAGAUAAUUCAAAUACUUGUGUUAUUACAUUUUUUGUGUCUUAUGAAUUUAAAUCACCGUUACAUUCAGCAUUAGCCAAUACAUUUUUUAAUGAAUUAGUUAAGCAAAUGGAACACGCUUUUUUUGUUGAAGCUGGUAAACGAUACGGCAAACCUUGUAUAAAAGCCCAAAAACUUUAAUUAAAAAUUAAAAAUAUUGUAUAACGAUUCCAAAAGCAGUAACAAAUAUAAAUGCUUCCAAGUGAAUAACUGUUAAACUUUAGUGUUGACUCUUAUUUAUAUUAUGAUAUCAUGAAACUAAAAUGUUAAAAUUAAAAUGUAUUUUUUUUUUGAUGUUGUGUUUACC